GAUCCACCCUGCCGCCCAGGAGGUUGCUCAUCCAUCCAUCCCAGCAACACACUGCGCUGCAACGAGACGCUCUGCAGCUUUCACACAACAACAGCGGAUCGUCGGGGUUUCACACUCUGCUGGAUGUUGAGAUGCUCGGUCGCGUCUGACGCUUUUCUUCUUCUUCCCCUUGAAAUGAACGCCAGCACGAUGCCAGAGCCCGCGAUGAAGCGCCUGGAUUAAAAAAAAAAAAGGUGUCACAAACAGGAAGCACAAACAGGACUUGACCACAAACAGAAGCUUCAUUCAGCUCCAGUCAGCAUGGCCGUGAACAUGAUGCCAGCUCCUGCCGUUUGGCCCGGGGAGGAACAACCAUCGCUGCUGGACCAGGAGGCCUCUCUGUCGAGCCACGCCUCCGUCUCCAUGCCCUGCCCACUACCGGCCAUCGGUGAACAUCUCAUCCACAGUGACAGCAGCCCGGCCUGCACACGGCCGCCCCGCAGCAAAUCCAAAGGGGAGCUGGUCAUAGUCAUCAACGAGAAACUGCAGAACAGUAGUGGGAUACAUCCAGUUCCUGCAGAAAGCGCCUCUCCAGUCAUCUCCUCUCCUCCCAGAAGACAACACUCCAUCUCUUACCCCCAUCACAGCAAGACCAGGAAGGGCAGCAGGGCCAGCUCCAUUGGCUACACCGCUUUCUCCCCAAGGCCGUCGAUUUCUCGCCACUCCAGCAUCGCCACCAACCCGCCCUUGGACCGGACCAAGGUUAAGGACUACCUCCUGCUGUCCGUGUUGGCCUGCUUUUGCCCCGUCUGGCCCAUCAACAUCGUGGGAUUCGUCUACUCCAUCAUGUCCAAGAACAGCCUGGAGCAGGGAAACCUGGACGGUGCUGUGCGCCUUGGACGUGUGGCCAAGAUGCUCUCCAUGGUUUCACUAGUUGGAGGGACGGUCAUUAUCAUCGCCUGCAUUGUCAACCUGGCCAUAAAUGUGAAAACCUGAGUUUCAUCCCAGGGUGAAACUGGAUAAGGCAACUGACCGUCUGGCCCUCACCUGCACCACCGUCUUUACCACCUAGUCAUUACCUGGAUGUGUGACAAAUAUGCACCCAAUAUACAGCGCUUACUCAUAUUUCUGUAAUCUAUAGAGGUCCUUUUUGCUAAUGGAAGAAAAUGACAUAUGCAAAUGCUCUGAGUUUGGGGGGGGGGGUGUCCGUCUGAUGUUAGAUGGAGAGAGAGGCAGUCAGACUAAUCGGCCCCUUUAUAUUCUCGCCAACAUGACAAAUUCAGACAAUUCUUGAGAAAGAAACAAAAACUCUUCGACACUCGCAGAAGUAACUCAAACCAGGUGGACAAGAAAACAAGUGGAGCCGGUAACACAACAUGAAACAGGAAGCAACGCCUCCUGGCUUCAGCGCUACAUGCAAGACCCAACAAAAUGUCCGCCAAAUCCAUCCUUCACCGCACCGACGACACAGUUUCAACUCGCCGCUAAAUCCCCCUCGGAUACGUCGAGAGGCUCUUGGAUUUGUGUCACGGAGCAGAAAUUCAUCCUUUCCCUUCACGGAGAAGAAACACUUUCAAUCAUCGUACGUCAUCUUGCUCCCGUCUUUCCUCUGUGGUCCUCGUGACUCCUGCCAUACAUCAUGUGUUUGAGAAGCGAGCGUACGGGUGGCAAAGAGGAUGAAAGAGAGGCUUACCAAGGACAAGCUAUGUGUGCUGAAAAGAAAAGGGAUUAUGGGAAGUCUUGCAUAGAAGGCACCGUCAUCACAGCAAGGAAAACAUGUGCCAAAAAGGAAUUUAGUGGGAAAAGUUUCUCGCUUUGUAAAAACCCAACUCUGAUCACAGAACUGUUGUUGUCGAGGGUGUUUCCACCCAGCUGCGACUCUAAAACUGUAAAAUCACUCAACACCACCGAGCACUGUGACCUGAGAGCCGCCACAAGUUCACAUCAUCAUAAACCCACCGUAGCAGGAUACUCAUUUUACAGUGAAGCUAAUUACGCAGCGUCAUCUCUAACCUAUCUUUUGAUAAUGUUUUUGUAAGAGAUCCUUUUGAAACUGAGGAAGAUUUGUAAUGUGAUGCUCUUCAGUGCUGUGGCGCAGUUGACAGAUGGUGGGAGUGUUGUGUGCAUAAGGGGCAACAAGAUUUGGUUAAAUGAAAUGGCUCAUGAUUGAAGGCAGGGUUGAGCCUCGAUGUGUAUCCACACAUCGGUGGCAUUUGUUUCUCCCUUAAAAACACUUAAAACUGGUUGAUUUGAUUAACACUUAAAUAUUUAUGCCCUUUUUCUUAUCAUAUUAUUGUAGGAUGAUGCACAGUUAAUGUGAUAGACCUAAUGUUUACAUCUGGUUUAUUAUGAAUAUUAUUACAUUUCCUGUAUAUUCUAACCUCGAAUAAUAUCUUUUUUCUCAACUACAACAAACGGGUUUCAUUAACAAUAGAUAAACCUCCUUAUUGAUUUACCGUAUCCUGGUUCUAGAAUCAUGUACAGAAAUGUUCAGUCCUGCAGAUCAUUUUCUUUACAGACUGAGUUAGCAUUUUUUUCCCCUCCCUCUGUUUCUAUUUAAUAUGUAAACUUACGUGUAAUCAACAGUCGUUGUAUUCUGCAGAUAUUAAUCUCAAUAUUGUGAUAAUUCUCUAGUUGGUAUGAGUUAGCAUUAAGUAGUUACGACCUUAUUGAGGCACAGGUGCUGUCGACUAGACGGCCAUUGUAACGCCACCGGGCUUCUAUAAUCUUUGUGGUUAAUGGCAUGUUGUGGAUUUUUACUCAUGUACGACGAUAGAAGCUGAAAAAUCUGCAAAGAUAAAGCUGGCACUUGGAAUAUUAUACUUCUGCAGCACCUUCAUAAUAAAGACACCGUGCAUGUAA